GCUAAUGAGCCAAAUCUUUUGGGAGAGACAAACUGAUUAUGCAUGUCUAAAAGGACUGUAAUAUGCCUACAUUGAAAUAAAUCUUUAUAAUUAUUCGGCAAUGGAUUAUUCAGGUCCAUUUGGAUAUUACAACUCGGAGGUUUCAAAUCGGCCAGAGAAUGGCAUCAGCACAGCCUCCAAACUUCUCCUGGGUAGUUCCAGAAAAGCUGGCGGCGCUGGGUCUGCCUCGUAUGCCUGCUCACUAUCCGUUUCUCCUGCAGAAUGGUAUUCGGCACCUGGUCUGUUUGUGUGAGCGGAGACCUCCCCAUUACGACACUUGUCCAGAACUGAAACUGCAUCGCAUUAAAAUAGAAGACUUCUGUGCUCCCAGUACCGAUCAAAUCAAAAGAUUUCUGUCCAUUGUUGAAGAAGCUAACUCUAAAGGAGAGGGAGUGGCUGUGCACUGUCUUCUCGGUUAUGGGAGAACCGGGACAAUGCUGGCCUGCUACCUGGUGAAGGAGAGGAAGAUAACCGGCGUCGACGCCAUCAACGAAAUCCGCAGAAUACGCCGCGGCUCCAUCGAGACGCGCAAGCAGGAGAAGGCGGUGGUGCAGUUUCACCAUCACAUCAAAUGAGUGUUACGAUUACCACUGCCAAAUGUUCGCUUUCCUCGGACUCGAACAUAUCAGUGUUUAAUGAAAUACAACGAGAGCUUGGAUUAAUUUAUUCUGUCGUAUGCUUCAAGCGGUUUCCUGUUGUUAUAGGGCCGGCCUGUAGCGUAGUGGUUAAGGUGAAUGACUGGGACACGCAGGGUCGGUGGCUCUAGUCCAGGUGCAGCCACAGUAAGAUCCGCACAGCCAUUGGGCCCUUCAGCAAGGCCCUUGGCCCUGCAUUGCUCCAGGGGAGGAUUGUCUCCUUCUUAGUCUAAUCAACUGUAUGUCGCUCUGGAUAAGAGCGUCUGCUAUAUGCCAAUAAUGUAAUGUAAUGUAAAGGUCAUUUUCGCAUGUUAAUCCGUCAAAGUAAAUGAGAGCAGGUUCAGACCAAUGAUCAGUUUAAAGGGAAAAUUCUCUGCCCCACCAGCCGUUGCUGGUUAUUGUCCUGCACAUAUUCAUAACAAAUGGUUCAGGUUUGCUGGAGAUAAUCAAUACUUGUCAUUCAGGACAAAUCGCAGAAAGAUGACAUGGCAGUCUUUGAUUAACAACCAGUCUAGAAAGAACAACUUCAACACAAAGUUAAGUGUCUGAAGUAUGCAAAAGAAAACACUGAGAAGUGUGAAGGCUUUUGGAACAAUGUGCUUAGGACUGAUUAAAACCAAAAUUGAACUUUAUGGCCACCACCAAAGAAGGUAUAUUUGGAGAAAAAAGGGUGAAGCCUUUGUCGAGAAGAAUACCUUGCCAACUGUGAAGCAUGGAGAUGGAUCCAUUAUGCGUUGGGGUUGUGUGGCAGCUGGGGGCACAGGAAAUAUUGUGCGUGUGGAAGGAUGAAUGGAUUCCACCAAAAAUCUAGAAAUUCUAGAGGCUAAUGUUUGAAGGUCAGUCCAAACAUUGAAGUUGAAGAGAGGUUGGGUAUUCCAGCAAGCAUGAUCCAAAGCAUACCUCAAAAUCAAUCACCUCCAGGAAAGAUGGAUUAAGGUUUUGGAAUGGCCACCACAGUCCCCAGACUUGAAUAUUAUUGAAAUUCUGUGGAGAGAUCUCAAACAUGCCAUACAUGCAAGGAGGCCAAAGAACAUUUCUGAGCUGAAGGUGUUCUGCCAGGAAGAAUGGGGAAAAAUUCCAAAAGCAAGAAUUGAAAGAAAUAUGGGUUCCCAUAUUUGCAGGGCCUUUCUCUUUUUUGCACCUGUACAACAAAGCUUAACAUAAUCAGGUGUGUUCAACAAGCUUACAUUGUUUCAUUUGUGAAACACAUUGUGGUAUUCAGCUUAUUGAAUGCAUCCCAGGUGCAGGGUAGAGCCACUGGUUGGUAAUGGUAACCACUGACACUCAUGUUUUCUCUCCUUUA